GUUCGCUAUAUAUGCGAUACAUUAUUCAGAUUUUUCCCAUUCCAAUUCGAUCAUUCGUUGAGAUCAGUCGUAUUGUAUCUGUUGGUGCGAAUUUUAUUAGUCGUAUUUUAUCUGUUAGUGUGUAUUUUCUUAGACGUAUUAUAUCUAUAGACGUGCAAGAUGUUUACCGAUUUAGUAAAACAGAUUGCAAGUAUUUUAAGUGUGCUUAGAACUAAGUAUAGUGGCAAAACCGUGAGGCAAGGGAUAAUUAAGUGUGAUAAGGCUAGACGUAGGAUUCAAGAUUCGAUGCGUAGGUCAUUAUCCAUAGGUGAAAGGCAACAUCUUGAGGCUUGUUUACGUAAUAUUAAAUCGAUGCGUAAACACUUUAAAUUAGAACAAAGGAGAGGCUUGGGUAUAUCUUUGAAUAAAGGAACCUCCACUUCGGCUUUUAGUAAUAGAAAAGAAACCGCAAAAGAUCGCGUGCAUUGGGAUGACUCCAUUUCGGCUUUUAGCAAUAGAAUACGAACUGGAGUUAUCACUAAUCUUAAACAUAAAGACCCCGGCAACUUCUUAAUGGAUUGUAAGACCAUCUUCAAAAGCCGAAUUCAUAACGCGUUGAAGCAAGAUGAGGCUGUGAAAAUAAAUGCGAUUUUUUGCGGGGAAUUUGUGAUUACUCAAGGUGAAAAGAUGCUUAAUGAGUAUAAGUACUUUACAACAUCAAAUGCGGCAAUAUAUAGGGAUACUAACAUAGAUGAGUGGUUUAAGGAGAAGGUUGAGAAACCAAUAAUGAAGAAAUUAUCGGAAUUUCAAGAACGUGAUAGUGGUUGGGGACUUAGUGCCGUUGUUAAUUUAGGAGUGAACAUUAACAAAUUUACACCUCAACUUGGCUCUUCAUAUAUUGAGUUACCUGUCCUGAUUAAGAGAAAAGAAGCUUGUAUCAACGUUAAGAACGAUGACAAUGCGUGCUUUGCGUGGGCGGUGGUUUCAGCGUUGUAUCCUGUUGAUAAACAUCCUCAAAGAAUAUCCAAAUACCCUCACUACUCUUCCGUGCUCAAGCUAAAAGGGAUCCAGUUUCCGAUGACUAUGCGACAAAUUCCGAACUUUGAAAAACAAAACAACAUCUCCAUUAACGUGUAUAUUCUGAAGAAGGAGAAAAAAGACCAGUCUAAUACGUUGCCUACCUACCUAACGAAGGAAAAGAGGGAUAAACAUGUGAACCUGCUUUUAGUGCAAGACUGCUACGAACAAUCGACCAAGUUCCAUUAUGUUUGGAUAAAAAAUCUUUCACGGCUAGUAUCGAAGCAGUUAAGCAAAGAAAAAAGGCAAAAGUAUAUUUGCGAUAGAUGUCUACAUUUUUACCGUUCUGAAGAUAAAUUACAUAAGCAUAUUAAGGAUUGCAUACAAAAGAAUGAUACAGCCAUCAAGAUGCCUACAGAGGAAAAAAAGAUGUUGAAGUUUAAAAAUUUUAAAAAUAAAAUAAAAGCCCCCUUUGUCGUAUAUGCAGAUCUCGAGAGCGUUCUGAAACCUAGCACAAAAAAGACUGCAUACCAACAACAUAUUCCAGCAGCUGUGGGAUACUACUUCAAGUGCUCAUACGAUUAAUC